AUGGCCGAUUCAGCCGCGCUCUCCACCUCCCUCCCCCGCUCGCUGGCGUCCAGGAGGCCCCUCUCGUCCCCGCUCCACGCCAGGACCAGAGCCCGCUCCCAGCUCGGAUCGCGCUCGCUCCACCGGUUGCGUGCUCGGGCGGGGAAGGACGAUCCGGAGGACCUCUACGGGCCCUAUCCAUGGGACCAGCCCUUGGAUCUCACCACUGGGUUCGACGUUCAGUGGGUGCCAGAAGACAGAGUAACGCUGUUCACCUCUGAUGGCCUGAUCCAAAUUGGGGGUUCCCUGGUUCCUCGUCGAGUUAGUGCUUCUGAGAAGAGGCAACGGAAACUGAAGAGUGGACAAAAGUUGCGCCGGUUUCAGGAGAGCUCUUACAUGGAUCCAAAUCAAAGUCUUUGCCUUGGAGCACUAUUUAACAUAGCAGCAACAAACGGCCUAGACAUGGGCAGAAGAUUAUGCAUCUUUGGCUUUUGCCGUUCUAUUGAAAUGUUAAGCGAUGUAGUGGAAGAUACAGUAUUGGAGCAUGGUGGUGAGGUUGUCACUGCAGAGAAGGCAAGCAAUGACGGCCUCCAGGAGAAGCUAACCAUGUCUGUCGCAGUACCAUUGCUGUGGGGUGUUCCUCCAGCAUCAGAGACCCUCCAUGUCGCUGUGCGGAGCGGUGGAGUGACACGUGAAAUGUUUUGGUGCUACUACGAAGUUAGCACGGACUGGAGUAGUUGGUCAGUAUGCUCAUGCAUAUACAUCAGCAAGCGGACCGAUCCAGAACGGCAAGCGAUUUACACUAGCGAGAGCCUGGACGCAGCCAAGGGACGUCGACGCGGCGGCCGACGGGGCAAGAGGAAAAUGGCGAUGGCGAGCAAGGAGGUGCCGGCCGCGGGCUGCGGCGAGGACGGCGUGUACCGAUCGAUGCGCCCGGUGGUGGCCAUCCCGUCAGACCCGGCUCUCUCCCUCUCCCUCAACGACCUCAUCUUCCACCACGCCGACGCGCUGGUCGACACCGUCACCGGCAGCGCCUUCACCUUCGCCGCACUCGCGCGGCGCGCGCAACGCAACUAUGACCAACCCACUAUACACCGCUAG